UUCUGAGAAAGUUCAGCUCUUCUUCAUCUACAGAAGCUCCUCAGACUCCUCCUGCACUGACAGCCAUGGUUGUCAGUGGAGCUCUGAGAGUGCUCCUGCUCUGUCUUCUCUCUCCCCGUCUGAGAGGGGCUGAAGUUCAGUACGUGAAUGACGGCAAUCUUGCUCAGAUAGUCCAUUACCUCCAGAACAAUUACAGUCCAGGUGAAGGACGUCAGUUUGCAGUUGCCGUCAACAUCCCAGCUCAGCUCUGUACUGGAAAAUUCCUAAUGCAGAACUUUACGAAUGCUCUUAAUGCUUCUAAGUCCAAUGUUGUAAAAAAUGCCAUGACAGGACCUAACCGGACUUAUGUUGGGGAAAGGCUGAUUGGUGCAACACUGAAAGAUGAUGGAACCAAAAACAGAACCAACUUCCACUCUGAGUACCUUCUGCUGAUGAGACCAAACCCAGCACACUCCCACAUGAAGAUUCUGCUGGACAGAGAUCAAAGCGGCUGUGCUAUUUUCUACACCUAUAAUUCCCCCUGUAAGAAUACCUGCUUAAAUGAGAAAAGUGACCGCUGCAUUAUAAAUAACCUCAUAAUGUUUAAAGGGCACCCAGGUCCAACAGCUUUCGUCUAUCAUAAACUAUUUGAGAAUGAUAAUAGAAAUAUAACGAGAAAGUUUGAAGACAUAGACAUCCGUGUGCCCCUCUAUCGCUGUAACUCCUCUAGGUCUUCUGACUCUUGUCGUCGUUGUUUUGAAGGAAGUAACCUUGGAUAUUGCCGAAACAACUCCACUGAAUUAAGAUGAAUUACAAUCACACACACACACACACACACACCAUACACACACACACACACACACACACACAUUCACUGAGAGAGGUUUACUCUUCUGCUGUUGUUCUCGCUCUCGUUGCUCUGUAAUCAGCUCUAAUCAUCACCA